AUGGAUUGUUUUCAGAAGAACAAGACAGAUAUUGAGCAUCGUGCACUACUGGCAUGGCUCCAAGGGGUGAUUAUUCUUCCGACACCUCUACUUUUUGUCACCGAGACUCAUGUCGGAGCUGAACGCGAUGAGUUUCUCUCGUACCAUCUCAAGCGGCUCUUCCCGCGGCUGUAUGGGCGUCUUCUCGUCGGGUACACGUUACCAGCAGCUGGAGCCGAACUUUAUCUAUGCCGCGCUCUUCUGGCGGGAGCUUCCUUGGACGAAGAAACUACACGCGUCGAAGGAGUUUUUACUGCAGCAUAUCGGGUUGAAGGCUCGGCGCGCUCACCUGUUGUCGAGUUUGUGUUCAUUCAUCUGGAAGCUCAGGUGGAAUGA